AUGACGGACGCAAACGUCGAGAAGGACAUCCCCCAUACCACCGGCGCAGAGGCCAACGGCGCCAACCACAAUGCCCAGCCUACCCAGCGGUACAACAACUACGGGAACCCCCUCGCCCACGCCCACAGCGGAAACGAUGCUCGCCUCCCUGCCUUUGGUGGUGAGUUCCAGCCCGGCCUGUACAAGGCCAUCGAGAACCGCAAGAUCGCCAAUCCGGCCCCUCUCGGCCUGAGCGCCUUCGCCCUGACCACCUUCGUCCUCUCUGCCAUCAAUCUCGAGACCCGUGGUGUCACCGCCCCUAACAUUGUCGUCACCCUGGCCUUCGGCUAUGGCGGGCUCGUACAGCUGCUGGCCGGCAUGUGGGAAAUGGCCAUAGGGAACACAUUUGGUGCCACCGCCCUCUCGUCUUACGGUGGCUUCUGGAUCUCGUACGCUCUCAUCCUCACGCCCUCCCUCGAGGUGACGGCAGCCUACAAGGACAACACCGAGAGCAGCGCCCUUGGUUUCUUCCUGACCGGCUGGUUCAUCUUCACCACCAUCCUGCUGCUUUGCACCUUGCGCUCCACAAUCAUGUUCUUUAGUCUCUUCUUCACCCUGGAUCUCGCCUUCCUGUUCCUCUUCUGCUCCGAGUUCGCGAAGAACAAUGGCGCCGCCACUACCGCCUUGGGCCUGCAAAAGGCCGGCGGCGUCUUCGGCAUGCUGGCUGCGUUUUUGGCCUGGUACAACGCAUUUGCCGGUAUUGCAGACUCCAGCAACUCAUUCUUCCUCAUCCCCGUUUUCCACUUUCCGUGGAGCGAGAAGGGCCGCGAGAAUCGCCUGGCGAAGCAGGCCUCGCACACCGUCUGA